UUCCCUCCUGCACCGCGAGACCUGGCCUCCCAAACCGUGGCCGGCCGCGGAUUGGCUGCUGACGGGGAGCCUCCCCCCACCGGCGCGAUCGCGCGGAGGCGGAGCGUGGAGGGAGAAGGUGCGAAGGCGACGAAGGCGGGGAGCAGAGGAGCGGUCGUCCAGCCCUGCAUUUACCCAGCUUGCAAGAGGAUGGAUGCCCCACAAGUUUCCAGGCCCCGGUCUGCACAGCGAGGGGUGGCUGCUCGGGCCCAGGAGGUCUUCUUAGAAAGAACUUACCAAGACAGCAUGGCCUGGAACAGCCAUGACUUCCCACCCUCUGCUAAACUACUGUGGAAGAAUGAAGUGUUAGAAGAACAGAAAUUCCCAGGAUGCAAGAGGAGAGAGACCCAGGUCUAUGUGGGCAAUCUUCCACUGGAUGUCUCUGAGGAAGAAAUUUUCUCCCUUCUAAAGGACUACAAUGUUCUCCAAGUCUGCAGAAUCCAGAACGGCUGCAAAUGCUUUGCAUUUGUAGAUCUGGGAUCCGUGGAGAAUGUGGCACUUGCAAUCCAGGAGCUGAAUGGCAGGCUCUUCCAUGGCAGAAAAUUGUUCGUGAAUACAAACAAGAGGAUUCACAGAAGGACCCUUAAGGUGGCCCACUGGCCCCAGGAGCUGCAGGCUUUGGAAACAUCUUGUGGUGAAGAGGUUGCUGCUUGUGCACAGAUCACUCCUAAAAAGUCUAUUGAUCCCUGUGAGACAGAGAAACUGAGGGAAGCCUUGACAGUUCCUGUGGAAAUGAGAGGAUCCUUCCUAAUGCUGCUUCUAGAGGAAUGCUUCCGAGACCUGGACUGGCUGGCCCUCAUCCACAGCGUCCAGGGGAAGGUGGGGCUGCUGGUGACCAACAUUGUUCCUUAUACUCCAUUUUUCUGGGCCAUGAACAUCACAGAGACGAUGCACCAGAACAUGCAAAUACUGUUCAGCACCCUGGCAGACGUAGAGGAGCAGCGGCCCUUCCUGCCUGAGUCGGCUGUGCAGCGUGGGACUCGUUGUCUGGCAAAGCACCACCUAGGGGACUAUGGUCCUGCCUGGAACAGGUGCUGGGUGGUAGACAGGGUUGACUCCUGGGCUGUGGUUAUGUUCAUUGAUUUUGGUGAGUUGGCUACCAUCCCUGUGCAGUCUCUGCGCAGCCUGGACAGCGAUGACUUCUGGACCAUCCCACCUCUGGCUCAGCCAUUCAUGCUGGAGAAAGACAUUUUCCCUUUACAUCUGGGUGUUUAUCAAAUCCUCAAAGGGAAAAUCACUGGUGCUUUGAACUCAGAGGUGCACAUCCUGAAGUUUGAAGAGCUUAAAUAAGAGGCUACACCAAACACAUUACCUCUCAUGUCUGCCUACCCUGCUCUGGAGUGUUCUGUACUCUUAGUUUUGGCUGAAAAAGAAAAUGCCAGUGUGCCCAUCAGUGCCCAUCAUUGAUAGGAUUUCCAUUUUGCUUUUACUUCCAACUCGCCUCUCAGAAAGAAUAGUCUCAUUUUUGUGUUUCUUCAGUUCCCAAAUUUGGCAAGAACAUUUGAACCAAACCUAAGAAACUUCCAUUAGGUUGAAAGCCUAAAGCAGCCAGCGAAUUUUUCUGAUCUUUUUUGUUUAUAUCCAAGAGGAAGACAAAAUGCACUAACAGAUUCUAGAGAAUGGAAGAACCUCCCUGCCUGGUUUUCCUGGGGUUGUUUCAUGUAGUAUCAGGUAGAAAGAGCCAUUUAGCUAGUGAGCUACCACCUUAGAAAAUUAAUGUUGGCAUGUUUCACAUAUGGGGUGAUUAAUACAUUGGACCACUACCCAGCCCUCAAAAACUGCUGCAUAGCCAGGUGCUGGUGGCUCAUGCAGGUGGCUCCUAGCUACUCAUGAGGCUGGGGUUAUGGUUCACAGCCAGCCCAGGCAGGAAAGUCUUUAUCUCCAAUAAACUACUCAGAAAAAGCUGCAAGUGGUGCUGUGACCCAAGUGGCAGUGUGCUAGCAUUGAGUACAGAGGCUCAGGGACCACUACCAGGCCAAGUUCUAGCCCCAGCACUGGCAGAAAAAAAAAAAAAAAAGCAACUGCUGCAGCGAGAUUGAGAAGCCCUGAAAUGCUCACUUUGCUCCCAGUUUGUGGGCUCUGGGCCAUGCAAACCUUGCUCUAUUUAGAUACUUAAGAUAUAAAGCAUUUUGUUUCUAUUAGAGAAAAUCUCUGACAGAGCCUUGUUUCUUGUGCAUUGUAACUUUGUAAAAACCCUGAGCUUAAAGUCAUAGAAAGGAGUGUUAGGUUUGAAAAAUGGAGGCUUCUCUCAGGUUGGUGUCACAAUUCACAGCAGGUAGGUUUUUCUUUUAUGUCAAGUGAGCAUCAAUCCACUGUUUCUUUAAAUAAAUUUAUUAG